CUAUUCUUUUCUCCAAACUUUUGUCUCCUUCCAUGAUAUUUUUGCAUAUAUAAACAACCAGCUUAAAUAAUGAUUCAUUAACAUAACCUCAUUUGAGAAAGAAAAAAAAAAUGAACCUUUCAACAAUUCGAACAAUGGCUGCUCUUUCCCCAAGGUCUCAUUCUCAUAGCUCUUAUCGUACCCGUUGUGUUAGUUUUCCUGCUAGAUCACACCCCAGCACAAUCAAGAUUGAACAAGUUUUGAACAAAAUCAAAACUUGGGAAUCAUCUUCUCCUUUAUCUCCAAAAGCAGAAGAAAAAACCCAAAAUGCUCUGUCAAGCGGCCUUGUAGAAUUAUACGAGUGUGUAGAGGAACUACUUGCGCUGCCAAUGACUCAGAGGGCGCUUCUCCAGCAUCAAGAUGACAAUUUUGUGAAGGAAUUGCUGGAAAGAUCAGUGAGAUUCAUAGAUAUCUGCAGCAACACAAGGGAUACCGUCAUGUGUUUGAAAGAAAGCGUGAGAGAACUUCAAUCCGCGCUUCGAAGAAGCAAAGCAGGAGAUGAUUUAUUGACUAUUGAGGGUAGUGUUAGUGCUUAUAUUUCUUCAAGAAAAAACACUCAAAAGGAAAUUGAAAAAUCCCUUACUAUACUGAAACAGAUAGAUAACACCCCAUCAGCCACAAUGAAAGACUCUCAGCUCUCUGCUAUAAUUAGAGUUCUUGAAGAUGCCAGUUUCACAACUAUUUCUACUUUUCAGUCAUUGUUAAUGUUUCUUUCUGUGCCAGCCUCGAAACCAAAGUCCAAUAAAUGGUCAUUGGUUUCGAAGCUGGUACAUAAAGGGGUUGUAGGCAGUGAAGGGCAGAGGGAAAAGCUGACUGAGUUGGAGAAAGUUGACACUGCACUCAACAACUUGCUGGAUCAUGUUUCUGGACAUGAAGAGGAAGUGGAAAGUUUUGAAUUUGCACAAAGAAAUCUGGAGAAUUUGGAGAGUAGCAUUGAGGAUCUUGAAAAUGGAUUAGAGAUGUUGUUCAAGCUUUUGAUCCGGACAAGGGUGUCUCUACUCAACAUACUUUCUCUCAGUAGAUAAAUUAAGGUAUCAUGCAUAACAGCUCAAGUAUUUUUUGCAUGAUUGAAGCUGUAAUGUAUAGAUAUUUAAUUUUUAGUCGUUGAGUCCUGUAAAUGAACAUAUUGUGUAUAGUAUUAGCAGCUAAGGAGGAAGAGGAUUAAGAAACAUGGACAAAGUUUUCCAAUUUCCUAAUCCUUUUCUCUGUUUGUCUUUUGUGUUAUUCCAGUUUUACAGAUUAGUGCCAAAAUUUUGCAGAGGUGCUAAUUGUGGCCAAGAUUAGUGAUUAUUUGGACUUCUAAGGAUU